AUGGAAGCGGGACAGGAUCGAGAAAUCGUCGCGGUCGUCGACGACAGCGGCUGCUCGAACGUCGUCGUGAAAGGUAAGCGGACGAAGCGACAGAGGCAGCCGUCUCCCCUGCCUUUCCAGCCGCGGCCGACGGUGCCGGUGACGACCGACGUCUCGUCCACGGCGACUUCCUCUUCCGAGCAGAGCACCUGUACGGUGGAAGAGGACAUGGCGAACUGCUUGAUUCUGCUGGCUCGGGAGGCGGCGGUGGAGCAGCGAGGGGUGUUCGUUUAUGAGUGCAAGACGUGCGGCAGGGGAUUCAAUUCGUUCCAAGCGCUCGGCGGGCACAGGGCCAGUCACAAGAGGCCGAGGACGGCCGGCGGCGACGGUGGAGGCGCGGAAGAAAACAACAACAAUAAUAAUCAGAAUAGCAGCAAGGUCUUGGUUAAAACGGUGGAUCAGAAAUUGCGGGAAGGAGAAGGCGGAGCGGAAUUGGCCCUCUCGUUGCGAAUUGUGAGUACGGCGGCGGUCAACGACGAUCAUAAUAAUCCUCCGGCGACAACGGCGGUGGCGAAGCCGAGUAAGGUUCACGAGUGUGCGAUCUGCGGCGCGGGGUUUUCGUCAGGACAGGCGUUGGGAGGACACAUGAGGCGGCACAGGACGGUGGUGCCGGUGCCGCCUGCGGCGGCGCUGACGACGACGACCGCUGCUAGAAACGGAUUGGAGUUGGAUCUCAAUUUGCCGGCGCCGGAAGACGGAGUAGACGGGCGGGAAACGAAUAAUAAGUUCCGGUUCCCGGCGCAAGGAUUGCAGCUCGUGUUCACGGCGGCGUCUCCUAUGGUGGAUUGCCAUUUCUGA